GUCCGGGACAUCUUGAUGCUGAAAGACAAGCCCUUCUCCCUGGUGCUGGAAGAGGAUGGCACAGCCGUAGAGACAGAGGGGUAUUUCCAAGCCCUGGCUGGGAACACAGUGUUCAUGGUUCUCCAGAAGGGGCAGAGGUGGCAGCCCCCAGCAGAUCAGGGGAUCCAGUACCAACUCUCCCUCUCUGACAAGCCCUCCAAGAAGAUUGAUGUGGCUCGCAUAACCUUUGACCUGUACAAACUGAGCCCGCAGGACUUCAUCGGCUGUCUGAAUGUGAAGGCGACCUUCUACAACACGUACUCCCUGUCCUAUGACCUGCACUGCUACAGGGCCAAGCGCAUUGUAAAGGAGGUGCUCCGCUGGGCCCUCUUCGGCAUGCGAGCCACAGGCCACGUGCUGCUUGGCACCUCCUGCUAUGUGGAGCAGCUCCUGGACGCCACCGCCACUGAGGAGGCACAGCCCGCCAAGACCAGGGCCUCCUCCCUCCUCCCGGCCUGCCUGAAGCUUCUGCCAUGAGGGCCGGAGCCUGGAAGGCUCCCUCAGCCACAGAUGAGACUGCAGCCCAAGCACAAGCCGGAGCUGGAGGAGCUGCUCGCCUCCCUGCACCUGCUCACAGCACAGGAGCACACGCGAGGCGGAAGCAGGGUCUGGACGCCAUCUGCUGGCUGUCACAGUUAACGUCGGGCUCCUAGCCUGCCCCACUCCUUCCUGCCUGGGCAGCUUAACUGAGCACCCUGACCACCCAGGAGGUGGCUGCCCUCUCCCCUCCGCCCUCUGUCUUCACGCUUACCACCCCUUCGCUCUCGCCAUCCACCCGAGUCCUCCGGCAACUGUCACGCCCACCAAGGCUCCACAUCCCAGUCUGCAAUACACUUCUUAUGUGACACA